CGCUCUUCUCUGUGCCGGACUGACAGAUGAGGCUGCUGAGCCCCGCUGCUCACUGCUGGAGAGGAAGAGGAUGAGACCGUCCUGUAGCACAGACUCCUGAUCACACUGGCUGAAGCCCCCAGAAUCUGCUCUGGACCCUGGGACACCGUAAUCAGGACCUGGCAGAAAGAAUCUCAACAUGAUGUCAAAAAGAUGCUUCAUUCUAUUUCUGCUUCUAGCUUUAGUGUUUCCUGUGGUUAGAGCUAAUAGGCUGCUAAAAAGAAAGCCACAGGACCACCAAAAGCUUUGUGUGUGUGCUAGUGACAUCAUCAGCUGCUCUAAUGUGAGUCUAACUGACGCCACCUUCGACUUUCCUCAGCAUACUGUAGUUCUGGACCUCAGUUUCAACUCCAUCAAUCAACUCCGUGCUACAUGGAUGUCGACUGACCUCAAACAGCUGCAGACGUUACUGCUGAACAACAACAACCUCGCCUUCCUCUCCUCUGAGGCCUUCUUGCACACAGCAAGGCUUCGCUACCUGGACCUCUCCAGCAAUCGCCUGACCUUCAUGGACGAGUUCAUCUUUGAGCCGCUGGAAAAACUCGAAAUACUUCUGCUGUUCAACAACUGCAUAUCUCAAAUCGACCGCUUUGCCUUCCACAGCAUGAUCGCUCUGCAGAAGCUCUACUUGAGCCACAAUCAGAUCUCACGCUUCCCUCUGGAGGUGCUGAAGGAACGGAGCAAGGAGGACUCUCCUUUCACACUGCUGGAUGUUUCCUCUAAUAAGAUCAAAGAUCUUCCAGUGAAGGAGCUGCAGGCCAUGCGCGGCUGGCUCAAGAACGGUGUCUACUUCCACAACAACUCUCUGACAUGCAGCUGUAAGCUGCAUGACCUGGUGGCCUCCUGGGACCUCAGGAAGCUAAGCCCUGUGUCUGACUUCGCAGACAGCCACACUUGUAACAGGCAAAGUAAACAGAUUGAAAAAAUCCUGAAGCUGAACUGCAGUGAAGUCAAGAUUCUGAAGAAAGAAGGCUACUUGGAGGAGACCAUCGUUCUCGACUGCGACACCAAACAGAAGUACAUGGCGAAGAGGUGGGUGCUGCCUGGAAACAUAUCUGCAAACAACACCACCGUCUCAAAUGGCAAUUCUCUCAAAAUCGGGCCGCUGAAGGUGGAAGACUCCGGGGUUUACACCUGCUAUGCCACCAACGAUUCCCUCAGUGACACACUCCACAUUACCGUGGUGGUGUUCAACUCCACUAAGAGGGGCGGACUGGACGAUCUAAAAACAGCGUACACCACCCUGGGGGCAUGUGUGAUCAGCGUAGUUUUGAUCCUGGUCUACCUCUACGUCACGCCCCACUGCUGCAGCUUUUGCUCAGGUGGGAACAUAGAGAAGGACGAAGCCAGGGAGAGUCUCCACUCCUCCACCGUGAGCCUCCCUCUGGCACACGGAGAGCGGGGAGCGGAGGCCGCAGGAUUCGCCUUCGGGCACGGGGACAUGCAGGAAAGUGAGAACGGAAGAUUGAAUCCAAUAGGCGAGGAUGACUAGCAGACAACGAGGCGGCGUCUGCCAGCUCCCGUGUUCCUGUGGUGGGAAAAACAAAAUCAAAGCACUGCAGAAACACCAAAAUAUCUUAGAGCACUUGAAACAAGACAAAACUAAGAGAAAAGUAAGAUAGGAUCCUGAAUUAAAUCAAAAGUUACUUACUAUUGAUGAAAAGUACUAGUUAUAAGUGAAAUGUUUGUACUAGAAACGAGGCCAUAAGCUAAUGGGAUAGAGCCGAGAAAAGUCAGGAAAAAACCAGGAUGUGUGAGGAGAAACAAAGGCCUCAUCACUCUGAAAUACCAGGACUGCUGGCUUCAGGCAGAAAACCGAAAUUUAGCUUUCAAUGAUUCUUUCAGAAAGACAAUGAUCCAAAAACAUGUGACCAGAUCAGCACAGUAACCUUUCACCAGACACAGAAUCAAGACCGGAAACUUUUAGAGUGACGUGCGUCAAAGCCGAUUUUAUUUUAACGUUUCAUACACAUAUUUGCCAAGAAGUGUGGAUGACACUGUAUGCAGAUGAAAUAAAAAUCCUUUAUAAAUGCCUGAAAUCUAUCAUGAAUCAAGUACAUUUGCUGUGCACUGAAGAACAUGGGCAUCUGAGUUAUUGUUUGCAUUUGUAACGGAAGUACUUGAAAUGCUUUUAGGACCACAGAGGCUGUUGAUAGCUAUUGAUAGACAAACCGCAUGAGAACAAAUGGCAUCCAAUGGCAGCAAAGAAAGGAGAGAUCUCAUCCUGUGCAGCUCUGAAACUGAGAUGCUCAUAUUAUGCAAAAAAAGGCAAAGCUUAAUAAUCAGCAUUAGCAGUUCAGAUUUGAUGCAUUAUGUUGCAUUCCUGUUGCUUUGUUUUAUUCUUCACAAUGUAUGCUGUUUCUUAUGCAAUUUAACUAACUUGAUUAAUGUUGUCAUAUAUGGUUGGGAUUAAAUUUUAAAUAUUAAUGUGUCUUUUUCCACUAACAGAGGCCUUUGCUUUUGUGAAGCACAUACUUGACAUACUUUUUAAGUUCCAGUGAAUUGACUUAUGCAACAGAAGCAUUACUAUCACCACUGUGCUUAUUUUAUGUUUUAUUAAA